ACAAACAUGUACAGUACGUAGCCCUACGUGUACGUGUGGAACGUGCAUCGUGCAUACUGUUGGUAUUCGAAUGACAGGCGUGAUAGGACAAGCUACACACAGAAAUCAGUAGUCGAUCUGUCUGAAGGUAGGUGCUUAAUUUAACCAUGUUUGAGUUGCUGAACCUCCGGUAUGGCGUCUACGCAGAGCGGCUGGGUUGCUCCCAAUCAACCGUCCAAAUGCACAUGGCACCUUGGCGUCGAUCCCAAGACAAGUCCACAUCACCACGAGUCCAAUGCGCAACUCCUUGAAGAUCGCAAGACGAUCUUGCCAGAUAUCCUAAAGGUGAUCGGUCACACACCGCUAGUCAGACUCAACAAGAUUGGGAAAAGUGCCGGGCUGAAAUGUGAACUCUUGGCAAAAUGCGAGUAUUUCAACGCAGGUGGCAGCGUCAAGGACCGGAUCGGAACUCGGAUGGUGGAAGAGGCAGAGAGGAAAGGCGUCUUGAAGCAGGGAAUGACUCUGAUUGAGCCCACCUCGGGAAACACAGGUAUCGGCCUGGCCCUAGCAGCCGCCGUCAAGGGCUACCGUUGCAUCAUCGUCAUGCCGGAGAAGAUGAGCAACGAGAAGGUGUACGUCCUGCGGGCCCUGGGCGCCGAGAUCGUACGCACGCCCACCUCGGCAAGGUUUGACUCGCCAGAGUCUCACAUCAGCGUGGCCCAGAGACUGAACAGGGAGAUACCAAACUCGGUCAUAUUGGAUCAGUACAGGAACGAGGGCAACCCGCUGGCCCAUUACGACACCACGGGCCAGGAGAUCUGGGACCAGUGUGAAGGAAAGAUUGACAUGGUCGUCUUGGGAGCUGGAACUGGUGGUACCCUGACCGGAGUCGGCCGGAAACUCAAGGAGAAAAACUCUAACGUCAAGAUUGUCUCAUUCGAUCCUCACGGCUCCGUGAUGGAAGCGCCCUCUUUCGACAAGGAGACGGACCAAACAGUCUGCUUCGAGGUGGAAGGCAUCGGCUACGACUUUGUCCCCACUGUCCUGGACCACGACGUGGCAGACGUCUGGGACAAAUGCGAUGACAAGGAGUCGUUUCUGAUGGCCAGGAGACUGAUCAGGGAGGAAGGAUUACUCUGUGGAGGGAGUUCUGGAGCCGCAGUGUCGGUAGCACUGAGGGCAGCCAAGACACUGACAGAUGACCAGCGAUGUGUGGUCAUCCUACCGGACUCGGUCAGAAACUACAUGACCAAGUUUUUAUCGGACGACUGGAUGUCCGAGAAGGGAUUCCUGGAGAAGGUCUACGAGUUAGGUCACAAUCCCGAAAAAGGAUGGUGGUGGAAUUUAUCGGUAUCUGCCCUGAAGUUUCACCCACCGAUGACGGUCCUGCCGACAGUAUCAUGCCAAGACGCAAUCAAAAUUAUGAAGAGGGAAGGCUUCCAUCAGCUUCCGGUGGUCGGCGAAGCAGGAGAGGUUUUGGGCGUGGUCACCCUUGGCAGUCUGAUGUCCAGUAUGGUGGCUGGUCGCAUCAACUCAGCCACACUGGUACAGGAAGUGUUGUACAAAACAUUCAAAAAGGUGACCCUUGACCUCACGCUCGGCCAGUUGUCGCGCAUCUUGGAUCUUGACCACUUUGUGCUGGUCACUCAAAAACAGAAAGUCUGUUCACAAGAUGCAAGAGUAACCACCAAGGAGGUCAUCGUGGGGAUUUCAACACGCAUUGAUCUGCUCCACUACAUCUCAAGCAACCAACCACCCGCUUAAGGCAUGUGUUCUCUAGCUUUGGGAAAAAAAUUUGGGCAGGAUUUAAAUCGGCUUUCAUAUAGACCGUGGGCCAGAAAUCCUAUCUCGCCUACAAAAUGAAGUCCGUUCAAGAUUUCUGGUGGCAACAAAAACAUGCUUGUUCUCUGUCAACUCGAGGGUGCUGUCAAUUCUUUCUGUUGCCAAGCUCUCAGGUGGCACGUUUAAGCACAAUCUUCGUCCGAAGUGUUAUCUCCAAACAUCCAUUUUGGGGGCCUCUGACAACCGAUGGCGCAAUGCAUUCCCUUAAGGAUCUCAUGAAUGCCCCCCUCCGAUUUUAAUACAGAUUGUCACCCACUUGGAAUAAAUAAUGAAAAAUAACUGUGCAAGAUUGUAGGCUCAUAGCCAAAGGGAUUCCAUAAUAACGGUAAUAAUAAAAAAAAACAAUGCUUUGACUGUAUACUUAUGUGCAAUGUUUUAUUAUGUGGACCACCCGGUUUUGAGGCAUAACUGAUUUAAAUCCGGAAGGCAUACCAGAAAUUUUCUAUAAAUGUAAAUAUGACUGCGUUACAUUUCAUUAAAUAGUCUUUGAUGCAAACAAAAUAACAAAUCAUAAUUAAAGUUUGUUAUUGUUUUGGUGAUGAAGUAGGAAAUUAUGCAACAAAUAACGCUGUAUCAUAUUCAGUGUUGUAUGCUAACACAGUAUUUUUUCCAAAAUAUCAAUGAAAUUGUCCAUGUGAUGCUGAAAGAUUACUGAUUAUGUCGUUUAUCCAAAUUAAACAAACUGUCUAAAACUUGAAUUCCAAAGUUUUUAUAAUUAUGGGAAAUAAUUACAAAUGUAUGUAAUAAUACAACAUUUUUUUUCAAGGCAUUAUUAUUCUCAAAUGUAGAGCUCUUUGUAGAUGACUGGAUUACUUUAUUAACCUAUAACGUAGAGUAUUUUGAUAGCAAAAGUUUCAAAAUUUUAAGGGUUUCAUGGUAUAUAAAGUAUAAAAUUAGGCAAAACUUA